AUGUGUUCCUAUCUUCUACAACAUGUCACUGCUGAAGGCACAACUUUGGUUAAACAAGCAGAAGAUGCAGCUGAAAAGAGAGAUGUGGUUGGAUUACAGGAACAGGCUCUUAAAGAGGCAUUUGAAAUAUUCUGCAAGAAGGGUGUUGCUGGAAGUUCAAGCGCAAAGUUACCAGCUACAUUUUGUGAUAAUAUUCUUAAAAAGUUUGGAAAAGGGAUUUAUUUUGCUGAUUUGGUGAGCAAAAGUGCUCAAUAUUGUUUUGCUGACAAGAAAAAUCUGGUUGGCCAAGGGUUGAUGAAAGUGAAUAGCUCUGGAGUUAAAAGAGGAAAAGAAAGCUCAAGCUGA